AUGCGCAUUCCGCACUUCUGGCCAACGCCCUGGCUGUGCAGUCCGCACCUGCAGACCACCUUCGUGCACUUCUGCGCGCCCACGCCCCACGUGCCUUACAUCAGGCAUGUGGUGCGCACACCUGAUGGCGGCACCCUCGGCCUCGACUGGGCUGAACCUGAAGCAGCAGUCGGUGGGGGGAAGGGCGGGAAGGGUGCAGGAGCGGCGGGAGUGGGGGGGAGCGGAGAGGCAAAGGUGGCGGGAGGGCGGGCGGAGCGCUCAUCACAGGUGCCGAUUGUGAUUGUGGUGCCGGGGCUUACCAGCCAGUCCAGUGACAAGUACAUGCGGCAGUGUGUGGCGGGCGUCACACGGCACGGGUGGCGAGCGCUGGUGCCUAACCAUCGAGGCCUGGGGGGCGUCACCAUCACUUCAAACCGCUUCUACAAUGCGGGGUGGACCACGGACCUGCGCUUUGUCAUCAGCCUGGUGCAACAAGAUUACCCCCACGCGCCCCUCUAUGCCAUCGGCACGUCCCUUGGAGCCAACAUCCUGGUGAAGUACCUAGGGGAGGAGGGUGCGACGGGGCCCAUCCAAGCUGCUGUCUCCAUCGGCAAUCCCUGGGACCUGCUGAUCUGUGAUCGAUGGAUGAAUCGGCGGACAAGGCAGCGAGUGUACAACACUGCCAUGGUCACGGGCCUCAGAGACUUUGCCAAGCUUCACAAGGACAGCUUUCAGCACCUCGUGGACGUGCAGCACGUCAUGAAGGCGCGCACCAUCCGCCAGUUUGACGACCGCAUAACUCGCAUUGUCAGCAACUACGAGACCGUAGACACAUACUACCGUCGCUGCGGCUCGGCUCAAUUUCUUCCAGAGGUGGCGGUGCCGCUGCUGGCAGUGAGCGCACUGGAUGACCCCAUCUGCACCCGGGAGGCCAUUCCGUGGGACGAGGCCAAGGCCAACCCAAACGUGGUGUUGGCUGUGUCACACCACGGAGGGCAUCUGGCGUACCUGCAGGGGCUCACUGCCAGCAGCAUAUGGUGGGUGCAGGUAUCAAUAGACUUCUUACAAGCUGUGGUGGAUGCACGCAAGGCAGGGGAGACAGUGGGCCAUGCCCCUCCCGUCUCCUCAACAGCAGCCAACCCCCCUCCUCACCCGCACCCUCACUUCAUGGAACCCACCCCCUUCCUCACCUCCACCCCCUCCUUCCGCUCUGUCGCUGCUCUCGGAGAGAGUGGGUGUGUGGAAGGAACAGGGAAGAUUGCUGGAGGAGAGAGGGGCGGAGGUGGGGGAAGGGAAGCAGAGAGGGGGGAAGGACGGGGGAAGGUUCAGUGGGUGGGAUCGUCUGGUGGUGGGCUAGUGGGGAAAGACGAAAGGGGGAGGGGAGAGGUGGGAGAGGGGGAGGGAGAAAGGGAGGAAGAGGAGGAGGAGGAUGAGGAGGAGGGGAUGAGCACUGUAAGCAUGUCAGUGCUGGCAGGGACUAUAGACGGUAGAGAGUCUGUUAUUGACGAGGAUGAGGAGAAGGAGGGGGAGGUGGGGAGCGCAGUGGGAGAGGGGGGCGGCGAGGACGAGUGGGAGAUGGGGCCUGCAGGCGCCAUGUGUGGGGAGGACGACCUGGGGGAGGUCGUAUCUGGGACAGGGAAAACCGGGUCUACUAUCGGCAAUGUAGAGGAUUUCGGUGGGAGAGGAGUGGAGAAGCGAGGAGUGGGGGGAGUGGCGGGAGCAGCGGGGGAAGCAGGGGGAGCAGGAAGAGGAGGAGGGGCGGGGGCAGCGGUGGUGCAGUUGCGGUUUGAGAGUGAGGAGCAGCUGAGAGUGGCUGCUGUGGUGGUGCGCGAACUCAUGAGCAAGAUUCAGCGGUGCAUCGAAUCAUCACCACCAGGUGAGCUGCCCUUCAUCCUUUCGCCCUCCUUCACCUCUUUCUCUCUCCCUCUUCCCACGCCCCUUCCGUUCCCUUGCUCACUCAUUGUUCCUUCUCCUAUCCAUUAUGGCUUCUGCCUCUGA